GGGAACGAGGGUUUCAGUUUUGCGAAGAAAAGUGAAAGGAGCUUGAAGGAGCAAAGCCGUUAACUUUGGUUUCUCUCACUUACAACUUCGUACAUCUGAAACCCUAGAUAUGCCUAAAUCAAAGCGAGACAGACCAGUUACUUUGUCGAAAACGAAGAAGAAAGGAAGAGAGCACAAAGAGUGUAUUGUAAAUGGAAUCAGAGAGGCUGUCGAGAAGUAUACUUCUGUCUAUGUGUUCUCUUUCGAAAACAUGAGAAAUAUCAAAUUCAAAGAGUUUAGACAGCAGUUUAGGCACAAUGGAAGGUUCUUCCUCGGUUCGAACAAAGUGAUGCAGGUUGCUCUCGGUCGCACGGCUUCUGAUGAAAUCCGUCCUGGUAUCUUCAAAGUAUCCAAGCUGCUUCGUGGUGAUGCUGGACUUCUUGUUACUGAUAUGGCAAAGGAAGAGGUUGAAAGCUUAUUUAACGCUUAUGAGGAUUCUGACUUUUCAAGGACCGGAAGCACUGCAAUAGAAACGGUUGAACUUAAGGAAGGUCCUCUAGAACAGUUCACACAUGAGAUGGAGCCGUUUCUUAGGAAGCAGGGUAUGCCUGUUAGACUAAACAAAGGUACCGUAGAGUUACUCGCCGACUUUGUAGUUUGCGAAGAAGGAAAACCUCUUUCGCCAGAAUCUUCUCGCAUUUUGCGUCUGUUGGGAAUCAAGUUGGCUACUUUCAAACUGAACUUAGUCUGCAGAUGGAGCCCUAAUGACUUUGAGCUUUACCGAGAAGGUUUGGAUCUCUCAGACGUCGAAACCUCUUAAAAGACCAAGAUUUUUGACGACUCUUUUCAGUUUCUGAAUGUCCCAUUAUUCACCUGGAUUAUGCUGGCUCUGUGGUUUGCGCUUACAUGUUUUAUGUCAAAGUUUUGUUGCUUCACAUGUUUGUAGAAUAUCAAACUAUCUUCUCGAGUCCUAUUCUAGGAUCCUCGAUUGAAGCACACAUAUCUAUCUUAAUAUUUUAGCUUUUCUUUU